CUAGCCAAUAGCUACCCCCAGCAUUUUAUUGGAAGCUCCUUAUCGAAUCGCCAAGCACCGAAGCGGAUCUGCCAAAGAGCUAGAAUCGCUCCCUCCGAUGCUACGCCGGCCAUAUACACAACUCUUAAGAGGGCUACACAUCGCAACGCUUUUAUUAGCCGCUUUGGGUACAUUAGACACGCAAUCGUGGAAUUCAUUUAGCAGUGGAAUCUUAGUCCAAAGAGUUAAACACCCAUACCUAGGAACCAAAGUAAAAGCACAGGCGUCAUCUACACCUGCUGCCCAAUUGGGUACUUAUGUACACAAGAAAGAAGAACAAAGUAAAUUAAGGCAAACAAUAGAAUCCAUCAAGGAAGACGCUGUCGCCAGUAUGGAUGACCAAACCAAACAAGAAAGGAAGGAAGAAACAACUGCUUGGCGUGUAGUAAUCUAUAAUGACGAUAUACACAGCAUCCCUUAUGUCACGGAAUCAAUCGCAGAUGCCAUACCACAAAUAAGUAGAGAAGUGGCACAUACAAUCACUAUGGAAGCGCAUAGCACAGGACAAGCAACGGUGUUGCGAACCUGGCAACGGAAGGCUGAGCUCUACUGUAUAGAACUGCAGAAACGAGGUUUAACAGCUUGCGCAAUACAUGAUACAUGCCCAAAGCAGAAUUAAAUAAGCAC